CAGAUUAUCGACAGUGAGAAUGAAGCUUUGCUGGCAGCUCUCACUGAGACACUGGAUGACAUUCAGGAAGAAGACAUGGGUCUGGCUGUCUUCAAAAAUAUGGACGAGGGGGACAUGCCCAACAGCGGCUACACCUCACCCAUCCCCUCUCCCAAUCCUGCUGCACCAGUCACGAGGGGGCCUCCUGUGGCCCAAGAGGUUGAUGAGCUGUCUCUACUAAAGAAGUUGCUUCUCUCACCAUCCAAUGUGCCUCCAAGCUAUGAGGUUCAAAGAGAGGGGAAUAUAUGCCGUCAAGGACCUUCUAAAUCCAGACCUCAGCGAUCGUGUGCAAAGGUGGAAAGUGUCCAUGACAGAAAGACAACUUUUCCCCAGGCUCAGAGUCGGAACUGCACUGAGCUUCAUAAACAUCUUACUACGACCACCACCACUAGACACUGCCCGCACAGAAAAAACAGUGGGCCACUAGACAUGUGUCAUGCCGACAACAUUACCACUUGCUCUGUACCCCAGAGACAUUACAUCCAAAACGAAGAAGAUAGCAAUUUAAGUAAAGAUGCAUCGAAUUGCAGUAACAGUGUAGCGCCUCCUCUCUCUUCCUCCGAGAAAGGCACUGGAGACAAGGAACUUCAUGCUACAGUGGAGCUUAUCCACUACAUGCAUACUUAUUGCCUUCCUCCAAGAAAGAUGCCCCCCAUUCACCCCGGUGAGGGGAAAUACCAGCCUUUUCAUAGCCCCUCCAAAAGAGCAAAGUCAGAUCCCCCCCUGCAGCAGUCUCCACUCUGUGGGAAUGACAAUUGCCCAUCCAGCCCUUGGCAUUUCUCCAUGCACUGCAAACAAUCCCGAACUCCCCUUUCUGAAUUUUCCAUCCUGAAAGAACUGCUUGCCAGAGAACUCCCAUGUGAUGUGAGUAAGCCAUAUCGAUUUGCAAAACCUGUCUACGCCUCCUUGGCCAGGUCACAGCUUCACAAGUCUUCAAGAACUUCACCUCACAAUACCGGCAGGGAAUCUACAGAUGGAUACAAUAAGCCCACCAACAAAAUAAUACCCGAAAUGAAAACUGAGCUGAGACAGAGUCUCAAAGUAGAGCCUGAGGCUGAAAAAGGAAAUGCAGAAGAGGAUGGUGCAAAACAAGGGAUCCACAUGGGUCAGGGAUCCUACGGGAAGUCAAACCGCAAGACGGACACCUCUAUUUAUGCAGUGCGUCGCUCUAAAAGACUCAACCCUGAGCUCAGUGUUUGGCAGUCUUUCCUUGAUAAACCUCCCUCAGAACCUACCGUAUCCUCAGCGGCCACAGGAAACGCAUUCGCUUCAAUAGAGCCUGCCCUCUGCUCAUCUUUGCAAAACUUUGAUACAGAAGCACCAGCAGCGGAAGUAGAAGUGAGCGGCGCUGAUGAGAUGGACGGGGGAUUCCAGAGUUUCCCAAUGGAAUUGCAGACCCCUUCACCAGAAAGUUCCAGGGAAAAUGACACUUAUGCAGCAAAUGAGAGUCAGUGCUUCACCCCCUGCCAUCAAACAGAAGCACCACGGUGUCUGUCAUUGCCCUUGGCACAAACAGAAUCAACACUCGGGAAGCGCAGCUUUGAUCAAGUUCUGACUGUAGAGCUAUGUGGCACUGCAGGUCUCACACCACCAACUACUCCUCCAUACAAGCCUUCGGAAGAGGACCUAUAUAAGCCAGACAUUCACCAGAGACCAGCACAGAAGACUGCUGUCAUCACCAGCUCUGAGCCACAACCCAUGAUCAGUCAUAGGCCAAUUUCCAGAAAGCAUCAGAAAAAGCAACCAGUGCGGACAGAGCUGUAUGCCCACCUGAGUCGGUCUGCUAUUCGCCCUGCUCACUCUGAGCAACAUGGGGUGUUGAAACGCCCUUUCUCACGGUCUUUUGGUGAUCAUGAUUAUUGCCAAGUCUUGAAACCUGAGUAUUCGCUCCAGAGGAAGGUGCUAAGGUCUUGGGAGCCCCUGAGCCAUAUAGAAAGCCAACACAAGAGGCAAGUGCCUGACGUUCCCUAUCAGGAGGAAAGCAACAAGAGUUUUGAUAAAAGCUCAGUGAAGGAGGGCAGCAAACAGCUGAGGGACCAAGAAAUCAGAGCCAGUUUGACCAAACACUUUGGUCUUUUGGACAGUGCCCUGGAUGAUGGGGAGGAGGCCUUGUUCUUCAAAACUCCUGAAUAUGAUACUGUCUUUGAAGACAGCUGCAGUGAGAUUGGUUCUCCAUUGGAAGAGGAAGAAGAGGAAGAGGAGGAGGAAUACUACAUGAGUCCAUUGGGUUCCAACAGAUGUCUACACAGUAGUGCUCUUUCUAGGACCAAUUUGCACUAUUGCUCCCGAAACAGAUCUGAUUCAGAGUCUUCGUGUUGCAGAAGUAGGUCUCCAGUCAACCAGCAGGUUUUCAGACGUGAAAAUGGCAAGCGUGGUCAAGAGGGAAACAUGAGCAGCCAGAGACUGAUGGAGAAAAAGAGAGAAAAAGCCAUUGGAGAAGGCCGUGUAGUAUACAUCCAAAAUCUUGCCAGCAGUAUGAGCUCUAGUGAACUGAAGAAGCAAUUUGAAGUGUUUGGAGAGAUUGUUGAGUGUUGCAUUUUGACCAAGAAUAAAAGGGGAGAUAAAUAUGGUGUCAUCACAUACCGGUGUUCUGAGCAUGCUGCCUUGUCCUUGAAGAAUGGUGCUUCUCUGUGGAAAAGAAAUGAGCCAUUGUUCCAACUGGCUUAUGGCGGCUUUGGACACUUCUUUUGGACCAGAUUUACUGAUUUGGCAGAUUCCAAUACAGAAGAGUCCUCUCCAACUCCAGUAAAAAGCAAAUAUGAGACCAUGGAUUUUGACAGCCUGCUGCAGGAGGCCCAGGAAAGUCUGCAUCGGUAACAGCCUUAACCUUUGAGGAAUACCUUAAUACCUCAGUCAAGGCACUUCCAAUAUGUUUACGUUUUCAAGAAAUGAUUAAAUAUAUAAUGAGAGAGAGAGAGAGACUGCUGACCCUUUAAAUUGAUGUUUACAUUGAACAAGCUGCUUCUGUCUGUGAGUUCCCAUGGUGUUAAUGUUCCACUGCCACAAGUUAGUAUCUCUGCUUCUGAUUGGUUGUGUUAGGAUGAGCCUGCAAAAGCCUUCUGUCCUCUUCUUGUCCAAUCCCCUUUCUCUGACUGGUCCCAUUUCCGCCGUGGAGUGGCAGCUGUGUUCACCAUAACUUUUAUUUCAUUUUUGGUCUGUAGUGUGUGAUUAUGAAAUUGUUAAUUGUGAAUAGAAUCAAGAUUGUAAACUAAUUUUUAAUAGAAGAAAGAAAUAUAUACUUAUAAUGUAUUUAUGGCUCAGAUGUACUGUAAUUCAGAUUUAUUGUACCGCUUCCUUGAUUUUUAACUAUGCACUGUAAUGAGGCACUUGCCCCUCAGCAGAUGCAGCCUUUCCAGAAUGGUUCUCUUCAGUGAGUGGCUCAUCUGAAAAGCAUUAAAAAAAAUCUGCUUGUCCUUGAUUAGCAAGGGGGGUGUUAUUGAAUGGCAGUGUGGAAUUGCCGUAUAAACCAUUAUUUCCAUUUGUCUGGACUGAAUGCUGGGAUCUCCACUCCUUAAUCAUUGACUGCAUGAGACAUGAAAACUGUGAUUCUGCAGUCCAAAGCAGACUCCAAGUAUUUUCCUCAGAUGGCAAAAAGAUUAGUGAGAAAUGAGAAGGUGACAGGGUACGUUUCCCCCUCUUCCUUCAUGCUGAAGUGAUAACCUGUCCCCCCAGCCAAGUAAAUGAGGCAUGAGAAAAGCCCUGCAAAAGUCCUAUCUGAUCAGCAUCCUGUUUCCAUGGAGCCACCAGGUGCUUCUCAGAAACUCACAAGCUGCCCAAGAAAGCAGUUAAUCUACUACAAGUGGUAAUCUAAUGCCCAUUGCUCCUGAGUUGAGAAGUAUAUAACAGCCAUUAUAACUAGCAGCCAUUGGCCUGUUUAUUCUACAUGUGAAAUCUCUUGUGGGACAAAGAAGAUUGGAAAGUGAGCCAGAAAAGUUAAGGCUCCUAAGCAUUAGACUCCACCAUUGUUUCAUGACAUCACCAUAAAGUCACAAAUGUAGAACAGUUUAUUUAAGUCAUAUCCCCAGUAGCCUCAGGAAGAGGAACAGAUUUCUGGCCAUCUGGUCAUUCAACCAAAGCAAAAUCUCUUGCCUGAUGGAUAACCUGGGUUUGUUUGCAAGUCCUAACAGAAAAAUGGUCAAAAGCAUCCUUGCACCUUGACCCAGCCCUCAGCAUCAGCAGAGUAUCUCUGUCCCCCUUUAAAUACUGCUCUCUGCCUGAGCAAAUUUGAAUAAGCCAUACUGUAUAAUAUAUAGCCAGUAACUGCAUUCUUUUUUAUUAUCAUUCUAUAUGUCUGUCUGCAUAUUCCUUUCUUUUGAUUUGCCCAUGGCUUAGAACUCUACUUAUUGAUCAGCUUUUCCUAAAUUCAAAACCCAGAGAUGUCCAGGAGAAGGGAAUCAGCUGUGUGUAACUUAGGCUGAUUUAAACAAAUGGUUUCUGGAGAAAGAAGCCAUCGGAUGGGGAUAAAUACACGUGGAGACCUCAUGCUCAUACAGUACUCUAUACCAAAUGCAUCAUUUGCCAGAUGCAAUGCGGCUGCUCUUGUGCUAAUUCACACCCAACAAAGGCUAGGGAGACACUAAAUAAGCAAUAGGAACAUCAAGAGAGCACUUUCGAGUGGGGACCAAAUAGCAUUGCUAAGUCCUCCAUCAGUCACCAUAUCCUUAUUCUGUUCUUCACAAAGAUGAGACCGAUGGGGUUCAACCAUCCCAUGUAGAUAAAAUACAACAGCCUUAAUUCUGUCGGUAGUUAGAUUCUCUUCCCUUAAGGUCUCUUUAGCAUCAGCAUGUAUUUGAUUUAGAAUCAAAGGACAAAAACAUCCUGAUCCUGCCCUAAUUCUUGCUGUCCCAAAGUCUGUUUGUCUGACUAGUCCCCCAUUGUCUUAAUAAGGACUGUACAUAUCAAAAGCACCAUAAGAUCAAGGAAUUUCUCAUCCCACCCUUAAAGUUUAUUUCCAGGAUGCGGAUGGUGAUCUGGAGCUUUCAUAAUAAUCCUGAUUUCAUAUGGCAGCUAAUAUAAUUUCCAUGCUACUUGCAAAAUUCACUGUCGCAAUGAGUUUUGGCUAACAAUGUCACUUUUAACAUCUCUGUUUAGGAACUUAUUAAAGGAUUACAAGGCCAUUAGAUCUUCUUGUGAUCAGUCCAGAACAAAGUCUGGCUAAGUUGAAGUAUCUGCUAUUGACAAGUGCCUCAUUGUAGCUUUGCCUUUUCUGUCCUAGUAUUUCCUUACCACAAUGAUGUUUACAUGUGAUUGCUAUAGAGCUUACUGUAGAAUGUACAUAGUAACACAUUUAGGGUGGGUAGGACUGUCCUGUCCUGUGCUGUACUGAUGUUUUCAGAGAACAAUCAAACAACAACAAGAAAUAAUAAUAACCACCCCAGCAACUAGUAAGUGGAAUUCUUCCAUCUCCUGGCUCGGUUACAAAAGAGAUCAAAAAGUUCAGAACUACGGUUGGUCAGAGAGAUGGAAAAUGCAUCAAAUUUUAAGCGUGUUGAAAGUGUUGAAUGCAGCUGGAAAGAAAGAGUUAAAACAGUCCUUCUGCUAUUUGGAAGGUGCUGCUUCUAGCCCAAACUUGCUUGCAAACGUGGCUUACCUGCUUUUAUAACUCAAGUUAAUUUUCAGAAGCUGGACUUGCCAGUGAUAUUUGGGCAUGCAAGACAUGCUCUUUGAAAGGAAGGAAGAUCCUGUAAUGCACAUAGCCUCUCGAUCCUAGCUGUGGGGAGAGGUGCAAUAAGUGAUCUUUGUUUUGCCUGAAGCCUAUAAAAAUAUAUUUUUUGUGCGAGAAACUUCACUAGGACUUUAUGCAAUAUGCACGUAUGUGCACAAACGCACACAUGAAUGAGAGAAAGACAAUGGGCAUUGAGCCCUUCAGCAUCUGCAAGUUCAGCAGUGUUGAAUGUAGAACCUGAGUGGGAGGGUUUGCAAAGCACGCACAUUUGUCCUGGUUACAGCAUAUCAAUACCCGCAGCUUAUGCUAAUUGCUAUUGGAAGCACAGCUAGUUUGCAUCACCCACACAGGGAGCAAUGUGUGAAAAUCCUUUGUUCAUAUUUAUUCUUACCGUGACUUGGGAAGUUGUAGUGUGUUGUAAGAAGAAUUUUAGGCAAACUCCUGGAUGAGAGUACAGGAAGAACAAAUGCCAUCCCAAAUCUUUUAAAGCAGAGAGAUAUACUAAAGUUUGUAUGAAUAAAUAAGUACAAUGCAUUAAACUUUUGGUAUGUAUGUAGAGCACUCAGCUACAGUGCUACAUAAAUAUUGUAAAGAGUAAUUAUGAAAGACUAUUGAAGAAAAGGCAAGUUCCAUAUGACAAAGGAAAUGAUAAGUUCAAAUGUAUAAAAUACCCAGCUGUAUCUGUCUCUGAAUACCAGAGUACUGAAUAAUAGACUUGUGACCCACUAAACCAAACUCAGACUGUCAUCCUGUCUCUUGAUUUUGCUCCUUGUCUAGGAGUGUAAGAUCCCAUAGGCUUGGAUAGGCAACUGAUAGUCUGUGAUGGUGGGUCAACAAAUCUGCAAUAUAACAUGAGCCUUUUUUCAUGCAGUAAGAGAACUAUUUGUUUUCCUUAGGACGAGGAAUUAAGAUGAGCUUUCUAUCUUGUUCCAGCCAUCCUUGCUGCUAAUAUGUUCUGGCAGAUUCCUCCUAAGGGCAGUUAUAUCCAGCACAUUUUGAUUCUCCAAGGCUAAAAAUGACUGUAUGCUGCCUCUCAGCUUAGGGGAUUCAUUUCUGAAGGCAUCAUGUUCUUUGCCCCUUUCAUAAAGAGUUUGCUGCUGGGGUCCUUUCUGCAAAGUUUGCCUAACUUUCUUCCGUCCUUGUGUUAAUUAUAUGCAUAAUGCCAACACCCCCAUGUUCAUGGGGCAGGCCUAGCCAUAACGAUGAGCAACAGAAGAAAUCAAGAUCUUGUGAGAACACAUGAGAAACCAAAUAAAGAAGAAUCAAUUGUCCAGGGUUUUUCGGAACAAAAGGGUGUAUUAAGAAAGGCAAUCAUGAGGGAGACAUUUAUUUUUUUAAACAAAACUAUAUAUGUUUGUAGGUGUGUGUAUGUUUGUGUGUAUGAAAGAGAGAAAGAGAGAGAAAAAUCCCUCCUGAUUUUUUUUAUAGAUUUUUUUUAAUUUUUUAAUUUUGGAAAAUCAGGAGAAAUACCUUAAGGAUAGGAAUAAGUCACAAGCCAUUUAUUUUCUCUUGAUCCUUUAAUAACGAUUGCUUUAUGUGAAACACAAGUCAAUAUUGAUAAGUCAACUGAAAACUUUGGCAGAAGUAAGACAACAGUGUUGUAAAGAGACUGCACAAGAACUGGAUUCUGUAUCUUAUUUUCACUGCCAGUUAUUCGAACAGUUGUCUUGUUUUCCCUCUGACCUAUUCUACCUCCAUAAAACUGAUAUCGGCUUUCUCUUUGUUUUUGUGGUGAACACUCAGUUUUCUCAGUAGCCCAUUCAAAAAGCCAUACAGGAGUCGGUAUGAGUGUGUGCAUGGCUGUGUUUAAUAUGGCAUUAAUUUACUAUAUGAAAAUAGGAAGCAGUUUAGCAUUUCCUUGGUUUAUUUUUUACAAGAUAGUCCAUGUGUGAUAUUCUUUACCAAUGUAAGCAUACCAAUCCCCAUUUUCAUUUCCAUGUUUUCUGAACUUUUUGGAAAGAGCUAUUUCUUUUCUCAUUUGUGCAAUUUGACUUUUUUUAAAAAAUAAAUCCCUACAGUAUAUCACCGAUACCCAUAUAGCAUUGGGGAACGCCCCUUCCCAUAUUUUUGUGUAUGAUUUCAAGAACCUCUUUGUUCUGAAGAAGGUGUUCACCCUCCUUAUCAAAAACAACUAGGGGCUUAUUAUGCAUUCUGCAUUGUAUUUCUGAUUAGCCGAAGAACAUAACAGUGUUCUAACACAGCCUAACAGUGAGCAGCUGCAAAAGGGUAUUACUAAUUUAUUCUAAGACAAAUGCUAUAAGAAUGUAAUAUAUAUAAAGAUGUUUUAGGGCAUAUGUUGAGCAAAAUGGCUUAGAUUGUCAAAGCCUGUGUGGGAGUUCACAUGAUGAAUUGAACUUCCCUAUUAUGCUUAUAGAGGUAGUCCUUAAUAAUUCAUUUAAUGAUCGUUUGAAAUUACAAUGGUACUGGAGAAAGCGACUUAUG